AUGUCUGCUCCCUUUAGUACCAACGAGAAUAUAAAUAACAACACCUCUCAUGAGAAUGGUUCCAAUGAUGAUAUCCGUUUAACUAUGUUAAAUGAGUUCAUGGUGAAUAAUAAUAACAACUUGGAUAAUUUUGAUUUCACUAUAAAUACAAAUACAAAUACAAAUACAAAUACUAGUGUAACCACAACUACAAAUACAAACGAUAAUAUAAUAGAUGACUCAGCUAGUAACAUAACAACUAACACAAACACAACCCCAAACACAAACACAAACACAAACGCUACUAAAACGAAAAGGAAAAGAGCAAAAGGAGAAACGUUAAACAUAUUGAAACAAUAUUUUGAUCAAAAUCCAAUACCUUCAUUACAAGAACGUAAAAAUAUAUCAAAAUUGACUAAUAUGCCAGAAAAAAAUGUUAGAAUUUGGUUCCAAAAUAGAAGAGCAAAAUUAAAAAAAAAUGGAACAAUACUUAACAUUAAGAAACAACAACAACAACAUUCAAAUUCACAAAAAAAUAAAAACAAUAAUAAUAAUAAUAAUAAUAAUGAAAAUUCAUCCUAUUCAGAUGAUAGUAAUGAUAACAAUAGUGAGAGUAAUAGUAAUAGCGAUGGUAGUGCUGAUGCAGAAGAUGACAUAAAUGAUGCAUUCUUUGAUAGAAUUCCAAUAGAUUCAAAUAAAAAUUAUUAUUUUAUAGAUAGUUGUUCCAUCACAGUGGGGAGUUGGAAUAGAAUGAAAAAUGGUUCCCUACUUGAAAAAGAUUAUCCCAUAGUAAACACAUUGUCUAAUUUGUCACCAAUUUCCAUUGAUAAAAUUAUGGCUAAUACAACAGAUUUAUUGAUCUUAGUAUCAAGGAAAAAUGAUGAAAUAAAUUACUUCUUUAGUGCAUUAGCAGAUGAAACUAAAAUAUUGUUUAGAAUCUUUUUCCCAUUAAGUUCAGUACAAAAUUGUUCUCUAGUCUUACAAACAGAUAAUGAUAUAUUACCUACAGAUUUGGAAAGCAUUCAGCAAGAAGAGGAAAAAUUCGGUGAAUUGAAAUUGACUUUGACUAAAUCACCCACUUUUGCUGUUUAUUUCGUGGAAAAUACAGAUGAUCAAUUAUCAUUAAACCAAUGGUCUAUUUGUGAAGAUUUCUCAGAGGGGAAACAAGUAACAGACGCAUUCAUUGGCGGUUCCAAUUUACCUCAUAUUUUGAAAGGUUUACAAAAUUCUUUGAAAUUUUUGAACUCAUAUAUUUUAGAUUAUAAAUCAACAAAGGAAAUAUUACCUCCUUCAAUAAACACACAAUCACAUUUACCGUCACAAUCACAGGCUCAAUCUCAACAAUUACAAUUACAUUCUCAUUCACAACAACAUUAUCAAGAUAAUAAUAAUAAUAACCAUAAUAAUCAUAUACCGCACGAUACGAACGAUUCCAAUAAUAUAUCGAAUUCUUUCAUGCCAUUAUCAAUGGUACCAUCUCCAUCAACAUCAAAUUCAUUAAUAUCAAAUGUAUUAUCUCCACCAAAUAUUCCACAAAAUGCUUUAUUUUCGUUAUUAUUAGAUGAUCAGGGUACCACGUCUGGUGCCGGAGCUGUAACAACUGAUACUCAUAACAAUAACAACAACACCACUAACCAAGAAACAAAUAGUAAUGAUAAUGAAAAUAAGAACGACAACAGCAACAACAAUAAUAAUAAUAACAAUAACAAUGCAGGUAUGGAACCAUCGAUACUACCGACAGAUUUAGACAAUGAUUCACAUUCAUUGUUCUUCGAUACAUAUAGUCAUGACACGGGGAAAUGGCUAUAA